AUGUCUCUACAACCUCAUGAUCAAACAAAUAUUGAAGAUCAUAUCAAUAAUUCUCAGGAGAAAUUUUCUUAUCAUGAUCCACCUGAAUCAUUUUGGCUUUCUAAAGAUUCAGAAAGAGAUUGGUUUGAUCAAAAUGCAGCCAUGCAAAGAAAAUCAUCAAUGAAAUUUGCAUUUUCAGGCAAAGCAAAUAACAAAAAUUCCAAAAUAUUAUCACAUAAUAAUCAAAAUCCAUCGCUUUUUUCCAUUCCCAAGACUCGAAAAUCUAUCUCAGGGGAAGGAAAUCCCGGUCGAGUCAACAACAAGGCGGUCAAAUCGAAAUCAAAAUCCCGGUUCACUAGAAGCCGGUCUGAACCGGGAAGAAAGACAUUGAAGCAAGUGUUGGUGUCUGAACCGGGUUCACCAAAAGUGUCUUGUACCGGACGGGUUCGCCGGUCCAAGUCAAAGAAAGAAAGUAGGACUAUAAGAACCGGGUUUUGGAAAAAAGUGAGGGCGGUUUUGAAAAUCCGGUCAGGAGAAAAAGGUGGGGCCAGUGUUCAGACUGCUGAAUCGGACAGGUUUGGGUCUGGGUCCAAUUCAGCAGGACUGAAGCGAUCAACGACUCGUCGAUGGUCAGAAUAA